AUGGAGCCACGACGAUGGAGUCCCCUGUGUGGAUGCCUAAAAAAGGAGACAAAAAAAAAGAAGAAAAGAAACAAACACUCCAGCAGCAAGCAGAAACAGCAGCAGCAGCAGCAGCAACAGCAGCAAAAGCAACAGCAGCAGCGGCAGCAACAGCAGCAGCAACACCAGCAACACCAGCAGCAGCAGCAACACCACCAGCAGCAACACCACCAGCAGCAACAGCAGCGACACCAGCAACACCAGCAGCAGCAGCAACACCACCAGCAGCAACACCACCAGCAGCAACAGCAACACCACCAGCAGCAGCAACACCACCACCAGCAGCAGCAAUACCAGCAGUACCAGCAGCAAAACGACCAGCAGCAACAGCAACAGCAGCAACAGCAGCAGCAGCAGCAGCAGCAGCAGCAGCAGCAAUACCUAGCGGAUCUAGGUUUUCCAUGUUGCAGAUGGCUACGCAGUUGUCUUUGGCGUCUCUUACUACCUCAUACUCUACCUCUUUCCACCCUUUUAAACUUCUAUCAAUAA